GCAGGCUCUUACAUUUUCUUAAAUUUGCUUGUGGCAACUUAUUCAUCUUCAACUUCUCAUCCUCCACAUUUAUGCACCACGUAGAGUCUCCAAGAAGAUGGUAAGAGCAGCAUACAUCCUUUUUCUUCCCCUUCUCGUGGCCUUUUCUGGGGGUAGCCGUUCGGUUCCAGAGAAGCUCAACCUUGUAACUGAUGGCAUGAAAAACGUAACCCAAUCUCCCAUCAUCGGCCUGGAGCUUAGCGCGUCAACGGUGACAUGCGAACCCACCUAUGGCUUCUUGCCUUGCACGACAGUGGUAUGGGGAGAGCUCUUCCUCAUUGUGGUAUACGAGUUCUUGCUGUCCCUUGGAGAGCAAUACGUUUCAGCCGGGUCUGACCUCUUCUUCCAGAUAUUUGGAACUGGUAUUUUUGGUGCUAGUUUGUUCCACAUUCUGGGCUCAAUCCCAGAAGUCGCGAUGAUUCUUGUGACUGGGCUUUCUGGGAGUACAGACACUGCUGAAUCAAUGGCCACAAUGAGCAUGGCCAUGCUUGCAGGAUCAGCAGUCAUGCAACUGACCGUGAUAUGGGGUUCUUGUGUUUUUUUUGGCAAUUAUGACAUUUCAGAUUCUUCCACCUCCUCAGCUCUGGAAAAUAACAAGAAACCAUUCAGCUUAACUGGUUAUGGGGUUCGUACUGAUGAUGCAACAAGGUAUACUGCAAGAAUCAUGAUUCUGUCCAUGAUCCCAUUUCUCAUUCUUCAACUAGCAAAGCUUAUCAAUUCAUCUUCUGGGAUCCGAGUAGUUAUCUUAAUUUCUCUCCUUGUCACGCUUGUUUUUCUCUUCCUUUACUGCUUCUAUCAGGUAUUCCAGCCAUGGAUUCAGGAAAGAAGACUAGCAUAUGUGCUAAGGAACUUUGUAAAGAACAACCUAGUAGCAAGCCUUCUCACUGCUGCUGGUGAACCUGAUGAAUCCAGAAUAAGAGAGGUGUUUCAUGAAAUUGACCAGAAUAAGGAUGCAAGCAUAUCAGAUGCUGAACUUAGAGCAUUCUUGCUAGGAAUUAAGUUGGAAGAGGCAGGCUUGAGAAAUGAGGAUUUUGUGGAAAAGGUGAUGGAAGAUUUUGAUGCCUCUGGAAAUGCUCAAAUUGAUGAGACAGAGUUCCAUAGGGGAAUUUCAAAAUGGCUUUACGAGGCUAAUCACCCUGACAAUAAUCAAUAUGACGAGCGGCCUAAGUUGUUCAGCAGAUCUGCACAGAGUGAAGAGCAGCAGAGCUUGCUGGCUAAGAAAGCAAAGCAGCAGAGUCAGACUGCUCAAAAUUCUUGGUUCAAUUACUUUAAGGCUGCUUUUCUAUUGAUAAUAGGAACUGCUGUGAUGAGCCUUCUUGCACAACCCUUAAUUCAAACUAUCAAUGAGUUCUCCAGUGCUGUAAAUAUCCCUUCAUUCAUAAUCUCAUACGUUAUCAUACCAGUGGCUAUGAGCUACAGAGAGACACUGGGGGCAAUCAAAUCUGCCAGACUGAAGACCAAACAGGCUAUUUCAUUAACAUUUUCUGAGAUAUACAAUGCAGUGUUCAUGAAUAAUAUGAUGGGUUUGGCCAUGUUCUUGUUACUCGUCUAUAUCAGGGAUUUGUCUUGGGAUGUUUCGGCCGAAAUUCUGGUUGUUCUAAUUAUUUGCACGUUGAUGGGUCUGCUUACUAGCUGCAGCACAAAAUUCCCAAUCUGGACAGCCAUAAUAGCAUAUCUUAUGUACCCCAUAUCUCUAGGGCUGCUUUAUGUUCUCACUGAAGUUCUUGGAUGGUCCUAAGACUCUCCAAGCAAGCUUUUGGUGCCACCCAGUAGAGAAAAAAGUGGGGUGGAAUUCAUAAAUAUGUGCUUAGCAUCUUCCAACCCCAUCUUCUGCAUCAGUUGGAUAGAUGAGCUUACGCAAUCAAUAGACAUCUGCAUAAAAAUUCAUGUUUUUUCUUCUUGAUUCUUGUGUUUCUUUUUUUUUUACAAGAAUGUAGAUGACUGUAUUAUGAACAUAUUUCUAUUUUGAUUCAA